AUUUAACGAUUAGCUUUUAUAGUUCUGUUAGUGAUCCACUGUCUUUUGAUCCUUACCUUUUAUUAGUGAUCUCGUUUUCCCUGUGUAUUCCAAACACCAAGGUUCCCUCCUUCGUAUUGUAGUAAGGCUAUAUCCUUCUUCCGGUUUUUUCUUCGCGUUGUGUAGUGUCCGAAAUGAGCUUUCUUAGGGUUGUCGCUGAUAUGCUGCACCUGGCAGCGAUUGUCGUACUUCUCCUAAAGAUGUUGCGUCAACGUUCUUCCGCGGGUAUCUCACUCAAAUCAAUGACACUGUUUGCGUUGGUCUUCAUCACGCGCUAUUUGGACCUCUUUUUGGUAGUGUAUUCUCUGUACAACACCCUAAUGAAAGUUUUCUUCAUCGCCACUUCAUGUCAUAUUUGUUUUCUCAUGAAGUUCAGGAGCCCUUGGAAGGCAACCUAUGAUCGAGAGAACGAUACAUUCCGCAUUCGCUAUUUAAUUGCUCCUUGCAUGAUCCUAGCGCUGCUGAUUCACCCUAGUUCAAGAGGCUUGUGGUUUGUGGAGGUACUUUGGGCGUUCUCACAGUAUCUAGAGGCAGUAGCCAUUUUGCCUCAAAUUUUUCUUCUAGAGUACACAGAGCGGUAUGACGCCUUGACCUCGCAUUACCUAUUUUGUUUGGGUGCAUAUCGGGUGUUUUAUUUAUUACAUUGGAUUGUGCGGUACCUAAUGUAUAAACGAAUUAAUAUGAUAUCGGUGGUAUCCGGGAUCAUUCAGUCUCUAAUGUAUAUUGAUUUCUUUUACCAUUACAUCACUCAGGUUGUUCAACACGCCAGGCAACGCUAUGAAUUGGCUCGCUAA